AUUGCGCCUUUCCGCAACAGCAGCGGCGAUAUUGAUCGUCGGACCGCCGGGGGCGUCAGUCUUCAAAGCAUCAUCAAUCGGCAGUUGCCGGACGGCUUGAAAUCGUUGCAGCGUGGAAGGUCAGAAUCCCCUCGCCGCCCCGCAAGGCCUAGCCCAUUCAUCCACCCAUUGCUCCUGGCCCAUAAGCCCAUUGAUCUGUGCUUUCUUCCAAGCUGGUGGAUUGGUUGGUUGAGCACACUAUUCCGCACAUUCUAAAAGCAUAGAUAGAUACAUGGAAAGGUCAGGGGGGCAUUGUACUCAUUUUUUGCUACAUUAAUUCGCAAAUUGGGGAAAUUAAGCAUUCCAUCAUUUUUUGCAGUUGCUCAUUCCCCAUCCCUCGAAUUAUAAGAUGGCUGGAUCUAACUGCAAAAUCAAGGGUAUUAAGAUUGUGCCUUUGUAGCCGUGAGUGGACAAAAAGGCACAUGGGUUCUUUUAUCCCCGAAGAUCUUGUAUUGAGCAUCCUCUUUCGCCUUCCGGCAGAUGUUAUUUAUGGGAUCAUGCAAUAUGUUUGUCGGGAGUGGUAUAACAUAGUGCGAAGCCCGACAUUUGUUUCUACCCACCUCCAAAAAUCAACUGGUGGUGCUUUCCUACUUCAGGCAGCCAAAUCUCGUCCCAGGUAUUUUCUGAGAAUGGGCAAAUGUGGUGAUGAUAUCGAGCUUGUGGAGGCAGAAUUUCCACCAUCACGUGAUCUUGCAUCCAGUUGUAAUGGACUGGUGGUGAUGGUUCAUUACAAUUGCAGGGAGUUGUGUAUUACUAAUCCUGUUUUGAAGCAGCAGCUAACCCUCCCUCCACACCCAAAAUUGGUUGCCAAGAAAUUCUGCAAACUUGCAUAUGAUGUUUCAUCUGGAGUGUACAAGGUGGUAGUUUGCAAUCCCUGGGAUCCUCCAACUGUAUUAACUGUGGGUGAUAAGACAUGGAGACCCCUUCGGAGCAGCUGCUUAUUUAAUAGAAUUGUUUCCGAUCUCCAUAUAAAUCGCUCUUUAUCUCUGGGAAGUUUUCUGUACUGGGUUUCAGAGUGUGCCCUGUUUGUCGUUAGCUUUAACGCUGAAACUGAGACGUUUCAAGAGAUCCAUUUCCACAAGGCUGCACGAGUGGGUCUCCGGUGGCAUUGAUAGAAAUGGGGUCUUUUCCAUGCCUGAUGCGGUGGAAAGAAAAAUGGACAUGGGAGCUCUGGUUGUCGAGGGAUCAGGAAAAUGCAGGAUGGGAGAAGAUGUCGGACAUCAAUUUACUGGGUCAGAGCAGUUUGAUCAGAGUUUUAAGUGAUGACGACAGAUGUUUCCUGCCUUUGGGAUGGAUGAAAUGCGGCGAGCUGAUGGCGUUUCUCGUACCAUCGAAUAAAUCAAGAAUCAUAGCCUACAAUGUCAGGUUAGGGAAAAUUCAUUCCGCAUUACAGUUGAACCCCAGAAUGCAGCAUUGCAACCCUUUUUUCAUUCCUCAUGUCAAUAGCUUGGUGUCCCUCACCAACUUUUGCUCCAGUUGAUUCAAGCUUUCUUACUGUUUUAUGAAUAUUAAUUUUUUUUUGGCAAUCUUCUAAAGUUCUUGUGCUCUUAGUUUUCUUGUUUCUCCUGGCGGUGUCAACCGAAUUAAUGCUAUUAGGAUAUGAUAAAUGAGGUUGAAUUGUGAACAUUGAGCCAAGAAGUUGUGAGGUUCUUAAACUUAGUAUGGUUACUGUUAAAUAUAUUGUAUAUAUUUAAUAUAUUGUAUUAUUCCCU